AUGGCUAAGCUCGAAGCUGAAGCGAUUUACGAAAAAAAAUACUCUCGCAGGGUAGUGAUCCCAGGUUCAGGUGACCGCAAGUCAUACAAGAUAUAUAUCCCCCGAGAAAACUCACCAAUCUUGAAUAGUCUUCAGAGCUUUUCACUUACUUCACCUAGAAUAUAUCGCCAAUGUCAACCAUGGCUAUGGCGAAAACUACAGUUUCCUACUUCUCUUCCAGCACAAAUGAGUCUUUGGACAGAACAUAUCCUUCCCAGGCAAGGAACUCAUGUCCAUUCUCUAUCGGUCGGAUUCUCCCCAAUGCGCGGUGGCUCUCCUUAUAAUGAAUACACAGAGAACGAUCCCUUCUACGACAAUCGCACCCUUGAUUUUGCAUAUGAUAGAAAAGAAUUGAUCUCUGCAAAGAAUGCGAAACUUUUGAUAGAGCGGUGUCCCAACAUUUCUGCUCUAACUAUCCUAUGUGGAUACGUGGAUAACGACUUGGGUCGCACAGAAUCUUCUCUAUUGGAUGUAGUUUCAAUGUUAUCAAGUCUCCAACAAUUUCGACAUUUGAAAGUGAUAGCCGGUGGAUUUCAAAUAAAACUUAUGAACGAAUUCGCAUUGAAAGCCGUUUCUAGUUUACCUUUGCUUGAAACGCUCAUGUGUGGUGGAGCCAAAGCACCUGGAAAUCAACAAAAGCUUGGUUAUGGUUCUUUCGGAUUGAGUUUAUCUAAACUCAAAUCCUUAUCACGACUGCAUCUAUACCAAUUUGAAGAUAUGAAUGACAAAUGGCGUCUUUUCAAUUGGCCAAAGACACUCACUCAUCUCACACUUCAACAAUGUGGUGCUUUAUUGCCGAGUUCAGUAUGUCAGAUCAUCCCUCACAUUGCACCUCACCUAACGUACCUUGAGCUGGACCUCGCCUACGAAAAAUUUGAUGACGCUUGGCAUGUUGAUCAAAGCUGGGAUCCUCAAAGUUCUUUGAUACUUCCAUUCUUAACUAACUUGAAGCUUUCUACCCGGAACGCAUUCUUACUGCUCAACUUUCGGGACUGUAAAUCCCUGCGCUAUCUUCAAUGGACCUACAGGACAUUGACACAUUGCCAAUCGCUGAAUGAGAUUCUGUUUAAAGCUUAUUGGCCUCAUCUGGGGAAAAUCGACAUAGCGCCUUGUUUUUAUUUACACCCACUUCAUGAAUUUGGCUCUACAGCCUAUGAGGACCAAUUGGCAACACUGGAAAAGAAUUGUAAACAAGCCAGUAUAGAAGUAACCAUACAUUCAAGACCCUUGGUUGAAAUACAAAUCUUGGAAUGA